UAGUAAAGCUAACAAUGGUGGACAAUAAAUUUGUAGCUCUUAGCUUCAUUGUGAUGUUGGGCAUUGGGUUAGCCAAUGCUUCGAGUACUUCUAAUGGAAAUGGCACCGGAUGGGGAGAGGGUGGUGGAUCUAUUGACGGGGCCGGUGGAGGGUCCGGGAGUGGUACUGGAUCUAGUGUGAGUAUCGUAAAUGAGGGAGGCUCUGUCCACGGAAGUGGUGGUGGUGGUGGUGGAGGCGGCAAUGGUGGUGGACGGUACAGUGGAUCUGGGCAUGGUUCUGGGUCUGGUCGAGGCUCAAGCUCAAGCCAGGUCGGUCCAGACCCAUACCGUGGGUCUUCUAAUGCUGGUGGUACAGGUGGCGGUGAAGGCGGUGGGCGAGCGGAUGGCUACUAUGGAUCUAGUGGUUAUGGGUCUGGAAGUGGCACCGGUGUUGGCUCUAGUGCAUCUAUGAACGGUGACUUCCCGGGGGGUGUUUUCUCCAAUGCUAAUGCUUUUGGCCGUGGAGGAGGAAACGGGUAUAGUCAGAACGGUGGGAGCGGUAGCGGCAAAGGCAGCGGAUCUGCGUAUGGCAACGGAGAGCCAUGAAAGUUGUCUCUUAUCAAUCGCUUCAAAGUACCAAACGAUAUAAAACUAGCUAGAGCCCGACCUAUAUUAAUUGUUCUGUUUUUCUUAGUGUCACAAAAAUUACUCUUGUUUUAUAUCUCCCGAUUCAGUCAUUUAGGCGUGAAAUUCAUAUAUACAAAUAAUUGGGCUCUGUAAAAAUCUGUAAUGAAGGUUGAUCACGAGAUGAGUUGGGGUGUGA